CUGUGCCACCAUGUCACUGAAAAAUAAAACUGCUGUGGUUCUCGGUGGAUUAGGUGGAAUUGGAUUUCAAAUAGGAAAACACCUACUACGAAACGGAAUAUCGAAGUUAUUCAUCCUCGAUGUCGUGCCAAAUUUGGAUGGUGAAAAGAGAGCUGAACUACAAAGUUGCAAUGUCGAGGGGGUGAUCUACUAUGAACAGUGUGAUAUAACGAAAAAGGAUCUUCUGGGGAAGAUGCUCCGCACGACCGUCGUUAAGAAGUUGCAUUUCAUUGACAUCUUCGUAAACUCAGCGGGAACUAUCAACGAACAAAAUCCGGAAGAGGUGAUCGCUGUUAAUUUGACUGGAGUUAUCAACAGUUCCUUGAUAGCGCUGGAAGUCAUGUCGCUGGAAAAUUCCGGCCUUGGAGGGUACAUAAUCAACAUCGCUUCGACAGCCGGACUGGAACCGUUUCCGUAUUGUUCCGUUUAUACUGCUACCAAGCAUGCAAUUGUUGGUUUUACCAGAAGUUUGGGGAUCGACACGGUACUUGUCAAAACGGGAGUUAAAUUCAUUACAAUUUGCCCAGGAGCUACGGAAACGACACUUUUUCGGCAGACCCAUUUGGGAAGCGUUUUCCUGCUGCCAUGGAUGGAAGAACCCGGAAGACAGAUGAUGAGACAAAUUCCAGUGCAAAGCCCAAGCACUGUCGGGGAAUGUGUCAUACGGGCACUCGUUGAAGGUGAAACCGGAUCCGUGUGGGUAUGUGCGGGUGGGAAAAUAGAACGCAUGUCGCUGCCACUCAGCUGGAACCAGUGCAAUUGCAUAAAAGAUUGCUGAUGGACUGCUUUAGUUCAGAAGAUGA